AUGCUGCGGGUCUGCGUUAUCGGAGUCAUCGCCUUCGCUCAGUGCGCCUCGGCAAACAUCCUCCGGACGGUGGACGUGCCCCGCUACGCCUUCGCAGGGGGGGAGGCCACCGUCAGCUGCUCCUACGACCAGAGGACGACUCGCCUCUACUCCCUCAAGUGGUACCACAACGGCAUGGAGUUCUACAGAUACGUGCCCACCGAGAGGAACUUGCCCAUCUACAUAAGGCCGAGUUUCAAGUUUACUGUUAUGGAGCAAUCCCGCAACGACCAGCGAGUGACCUUGUCUCUGUCGCGCCUCACCGUGUCAGCUUCGGGUCAGUACCGGUGCGAGGUCAUAGCCGAACACCCGAGCUUCAGGACAGAGGCUAGAGCAGCUACCAUGACCGUCUUGCGGUACAGGCUAGGGUCAACAGCGUGUCAUAAAUCAUGUUGUUCUGGCGUCUCUCGAGCUGCCGUUGUCAACUAA